CGUAGUGUCGGUCGUGGUUCUAGGAGAUAAAGUUUUAUAAAUUUGAAAGUAUUUUCCGCUUUUAUUUGUUAUAAUUACGUGUUUAUCGGGUUUUGGAUUGCCGGUAAUGAACUUAAAAAUGCAUAAAUGUUGGAGGCAUUUAUGGAAUUGCACCGUUUAUGAAAGGUGUAAUGCAUCGAAGUCUCAUCGUUAUAAACACGUUGAAUCGUGGAAUCACGUGCAAAAGUUUAUGUGUUCAUCAUUGCCUACGGAAUCACCAGAACUUCAUUCUGAAGGGAAAAGUUAUAACAACAUGCUUUUAGAGCAUAGACAACGAGCACGUUCAAGCAUCAUGGUUGAAGUUAAAUCGUAUUAUUCUUUGUUUCAUUUAUGUCAACAAAUAGAAAAAUUUACCAAACCUAAGAAGAUAUUGUAUCAAAAAACAAGUUCUGAAAAGGAAUAUUUUCUGAUUGAAUGUGAAAAUCCAACUCACAUGAGGUUUUUACUAGAUGAAUGUAAAUAUCUACAAACGGACGCAAUACCAGUUUAUUCUAGGAUUUUAAAAUUUAAUAAUAGAAGCGUAGAUAAGGAAAAUAGUUUAGCAAUAGCUUGUGAUAUAUUAUCUGCUCCUUCAGAAAACAUAAUUAUGAAGACUCUAUUAGAUGCAAAUGAUAUUACGCAUCAAAUGUUAGAAUUAAAAAGGUGUGAACAGCUUUCGGAUCUAGAUAUCAGACUGAGGUUUUUUGUUUGUUCGUUAAUAGAAGAUUGCGUAAGUGGAUUAUUUCCUCAUGCUUUAUGCUUGCCAUUUGGUUCUGCUGUGAAUGGAUUUGGUUGCUAUUCUGGUGACUUGGAUAUCAAUUUACAACUAUGCAAUGAACAGAGAGAAACAAAGACCCCGUUAUGUUUUCUUCCUAAACCGAUGUUGACAAAUGAUAGAGCGCAGUUACAACGUACUCUAGAAACAUUUGCCGACCUCUUACAAAUAUUUGUUCCUGGUGUGUCUCAUAUGGUGCGAAUACUGAAAGCUCGUGUUCCAAUAUUGAAAUUUCAGCAUGAGAUAACCGGAAUCUGGUGCGAUUUAUCAAUGAGUAACAAAAAUGCAAUUGACAUGGCUGAAUUUCUCUUCACUUAUGGAGAAUUGGAUCCCCAUGUUAGACCAUUAGUGUAUACAAUCAGAAGGUGGGCAAGAAAAUGCAAAUUGACUUCAGAUGUUCCCAAUGCACAAAUCACUAACUUUUCUCUUCUCCUCAUGAUUAUAUUUUUUCUUCAAAAGCACUCUCAACUCCAUUUACCAUCAAUGAAUCAGCUUAAAAGUUUAAUUGAAAAGAAAAAUUCUUCAGAGGAUCCUAAUACAGAUCACUUUAAAACUUCAAAAUCAGAGCCCUGUAACCUUGAUACUUUGCUGAAAGAGUUCUUUGCAUAUUAUGCUACAUUUGAUUUCAAGAAGAAUGCUUUAUCAUUAUUGAAAGGUCAAAUAACUUCUAAACCUGAUUACAGCAGUCUCUACAUUCAUAAUCCUAUAGAAUUAGGAUUAAACGUGAGUAAAAAUGUAAGUUCAGAGGAGUUAAAUAAUCUAACAGAAGCCAUGGGAUCGGCUCUGUGGCAGUUGGAAAAAACUGAUGGGACCAAACAGUCCGAACCAUGGGGAAUAUUAAAGUUAUUUGAUGCGCAGAAUAAAAGCAGGUACUGGCAAGAAUGGGAGAAAAAAUUUCAAAUUAAAACUCUGUUCAACAAACAGAAAGCCAGUUCCAGUAAGGAUAACAGUAAAACCAAAGAUGAUCCUUUUAUAUAUGAAGUAGAGAGUAAUUUCGUAAAUAAUUUAUCAGAAAAACAAGGAAAGAAGUUAAAAAAGAGAACAAAAUUUUAUACACACUUUCAACAAGAUUAA